AUGCAGUAUCUGGCAAUACUAUUCGGAUUACUACACGCCGUAGCGUCAUUCGACAAGGAUAUCGAUUUGAAAUACAAAACUUUACCAGAAGCUGAUUUCAUUGAAUAUUUCAAUAAUCUUGGUCUUUCCUGGAAGAUAACUAGUAAAAAAACUUCAGAUGUAUCACAACUUGCAUGCAGUUUCUUAAACUCAAGUUUCAUAAAAGACAUACCGUAUAUAAAAUAUGAAAAAGACGUAGACUUACCAAUUGACUUCGAUGCUCGGAAGAAAUGGCCAGAAUGUCCGACUAUAGGUAAAAUUUAUGACCAACAACUUUGUGGAUCCUGUUGGACAUUCGGUGUUGCUACAACUGCAUCCGAUCGAACUUGCAUCCACGGCAAAGGCAUCGUUAAUCUAUCGGAACAAGAUUUUCAAUGUUGUCAAGAAUCUCAUCCAGGUAAUGUUUGUCAAGGUGGUUUCCCAUCAGUAGCAUUUAAUUGUUGGACCACUAUUGGUCUCGUAACUCAACAAUGUCAACCGUACAAUAUUCUUGAAUUGAUGGAAAAUAAAUGCGAGAGAAAAUGUCACAACGAUGCUGACUAUGAAUCUGACAAACAUUUCGGUGCAAAUGUGUACAGAAUACAAAAGGAUGAUAAAGCAAUCAAAACAGAACUCUUUGAAAAUGGUCCAGUCGAAAUGUCAUUUGAUGUUUACGAAGAUUUUCUUCAGUAUCAAAACGGUAUCUAUGAACACAAAUUUGGACGUUUGAAAGGAGGACAUAGUGUCAGGGUAAUCGGGUAUGGUGAAGAAAAUGGCGUUGAAUAUUGGUUAGCCGCUAAUAGUUGGGGUGAUCUCUGGGGUGAAGACGGUUUCUUCAGGAUAAAAAGGUUCCAAGAAGAAGUUAAUUUUGAGGAUGAGGUUUUAACUGGAAUUCCUCAAAAUUAA